UUACCACAGAUUCGUAAGCUCUGGCCGCUGCACCCAGACACAACUUAAGCGGCAUUUAAACACGCCCUCUUUCCACAGAUGCCAAACCCAACCAGCGUCUGCUCUGUGGCUUCCUCCUCUGCUUGAAGUACGUUUCCACUCCAGGCAGCCGAGAUCUGACAUAUUCAGGCUCUCUCCAGGAGCACCUAUUAAAAAGCUUCCGCCCUGGGACAUGUGUUUAUGAACGUUACCUUUGAACGAUCCUGGAUACCAACAGAGAGCUGUCUCCUCACGCUGAUCUUCAGCCGCUUACACUCCUCUUCUGCACUGUAAUUCAUCUGCAGGGAUCUAAGAUGAAAACAAUUGAAUCUGGCGUAAAUUCACACAAGCUUAAGUGAAGAAGAAUUUGAAGGAUCAUCCAUCAGGAUCUAAAUAAGUCUCCUGGCAGGGAACCCAAGUCUAGUUUCACAAGGAAGUUUCUGCCUGACUGUGGAAGAUGACCAACUGUACCAUUGACCACGGGAUCCAUCAGAAGGUGUUCCCCACUGUUUAUAUCUUGGUCUUCAUCAUCGGCUUGCCCACUAACCUGCUAUCGCUGUACCAUAGCUACCUGCAGAUCAAGCACAGGAAUGAACUAGGGAUCUAUCUCUGCAACCUAACCAUUUCCGACCUCUUGUACCUCACCUCCCUGCCCUUGUGGGUGCAGUACAUCCUGCAGCACGACGACUGGAUCUUUUCACCAGAGCUAUGCAAGCUCAGUGGCCUGCUCCUCUACCAGAACAUCUACAUCAGCAUUGGCUUCCUCUGCUUCAUCUCCGUCAACCGCUUCCUGGCCGUCACCUAUCCCAUGAACUUUAAGUCCAUGCACACCAUGAAAGCUGCACUCCUCAUCAGUGCCGUUAUCUGGAUCAAGGAGAUUAUGGUCUGCACCCUCUUCAUUGGCAGUAAAGUCCUCAGCAAGGAUGAUGAAAAUGAUACCUUGUGCUUCGAGCACUACCCCCUGAGCAAGAAGGACAUCAACUUAAAUAUUUACCGUCUCUCCAUUGGCUUCUUCCUCCCGCUUGCCUUGUUACUCUUCUCCUACUGCAAGGUGCUGUCGGUGGUCCAUAAGAGUCACGGACUCCAACUGGAAAGGAAGCUCAGGAUUAAAAGGCUGGUGUCUGCAACCAUCAUCAUUUUCUUGGUCUGCUUUGCUCCCUAUCACAUUUUCCUGAUGGUGCGGACCUUCUUCGAGCGAAGCUGUGAAUUUGUUGUUAACAUUUUUGACGUCUAUCACUGUGGGCUUCUGCUGACCAGUUUAAACUGUGUGGCCGAUCCUAUCUUGUACUGUUUUGUCUCCCGCAGCUCACAAGGCUGGCUGGCCAGGUUUCUAGACCCUAUAACAAGCCUCAUCCGCUGCCAAAGGAGGGAAAGAGUUCAGAUGCUGGAGAUGAACGCUAAGUUGCCGAUCACAAACAGCACAAAAUUUACAUUUAAGGACAAUGAGAGAGAGAUAGAGAAUGGUUACAAUAAUGGAGCAAAGAUCCAACUUGAUAGAUAUCCCCAGUAAUACUUCCAAGGACCAA